GGUGCUCCCGGCCCCCGCCACCAUGCACCGCUCACUGCACGCCUGCCGCCGCCUCGGCCGCUCCGCCGGCCUCCUCCUCUCCUGCUCGCCGGCCCCGCUGCCUCCCGCCACCCCCGGCCGCUGGAUCCCGGCGCCGCCCCGCGCCGCCAUGUCUUCUCAAGAGGCUUUUAGGAUAGAAUAUGAUACCUUUGGUGAACUGAAGGUCCCAAGUGACAAAUACUAUGGUGCCCAGACUGUUAGAUCUACAAUGAACUUCAAGAUUGGAGGUGUUUCAGAAAGGAUGCCAGUCCAAGUUAUAAGGGCUUUUGGCAUCUUGAAGAGAGCAGCUGCUGAAGUAAAUCAAGACUAUGGUCUCGACCCAAAGAUUGCUAAAGCCAUUGUACAGGCAGCAAAUGAGGUAGCUGAAGGAAAAUUAAAUGAUCACUUCCCUUUGGUGGUGUGGCAGACUGGGUCUGGAACUCAAACCAAUAUGAAUGUCAAUGAAGUCAUCAGCAACAGAGCUAUUGAGAUAAUGGGGGGCACAUUGGGAAGCAAAAAGCCAGUGCAUCCGAAUGAUCAUGUUAACAAAAGCCAGAGUUCAAAUGACACUUUCCCAACAGCAAUGCAUAUUGCUGCUGCCCAGGAGGUUAAUGAGGUCUUGUUACCUGGACUAAAGAAGCUACAGAAUGCACUCGAAGGGAAAUCCAAAGAGUUUUCCCAGAUCAUAAAAAUAGGGCGCACUCAUACACAAGAUGCUGUUCCACUUACACUUGGACAGGAAUUUAGUGGCUAUGUGCAACAAAUUAAAUAUGGUGUGGCUAGGAUUGAAUCUACCAUGCCAAGAGUGUAUCAGCUGGCAGCUGGAGGGACUGCAGUUGGCACAGGAUUGAACACAAGAAUUGGCUUUGCUGAGAAAGUUGCUGCUAAAGUGGCUGAACUGACGGGUUUGCCUUUUGUCACUGCUCCAAAUAAGUUUGAAGCUCUUGCAGCUCACGAUGCUUUAGUGGAGCUCAGUGGAGCCAUGAACACGGUGGCGUGCAGUCUGAUGAAAAUAGCUAAUGACAUUCGCUUCCUGGGCUCUGGACCACGCUCUGGACUGGGAGAGCUCAUCCUGCCUGAAAAUGAACCAGGGAGCAGCAUCAUGCCAGGAAAAGUGAAUCCUACCCAGUGUGAAGCUGUGACUAUGGUGGCAGCCCAAGUUAUGGGAAAUCAUGUUGCUGUUACUGUAGGAGGAAGCAAUGGACACUUUGAACUGAAUGUCUUUAAGCCCAUGAUGAUUAAAAAUGUUUUAAACUCUGCAAGACUUCUAGGAGAUGUGUGUGUUUCUUUCACUGAUAACUGUGUAGUUGGAAUCCAAGCCAAUACGGACAGGAUCAACAAACUGAUGAAUGAAUCUCUGAUGUUGGUAACAGCACUGAACCCACAUAUAGGAUAUGAUAAAGCAGCCAAGAUUGCCAAAACUGCGCACAAAGAGGGGACAACGUUAAAAGAAGCUGCUAUAAAGCUGGGGUUCCUUACAUCAGACCAGUUUGAUCAGUGGGUGAAGCCUAAAGAUAUGUUAGGUCCUCAGUAACUUCUGUACAAAAAAAAGUGUUCUUAAUAUAAAAAAAUAAAUAUUAUAUCAUAGAAUCCA